AUAAAAAAAAAGAAAAAUAACUCCCCAUGGUGUGAAGAUCUAGCUACUCUGGCUCAUUUCAUCAUUUAGCUGGUUUCACUUCGCUUGGAUCUGAAUCAGCUAAGAGAUUGCGAGUUUAGACUAUGUCCUUCCGCACGCUCAUUCACUGCACUGGUGGCUUGGCAUGCGGUGGUCAUCUUAUGCAUGCUUUUCUGCAGACGGAAGGAGGAAGCAGGAUGAAUUAUAUUGUAGCUCUAAUUUCACUUUUCUUAGCAGUUUGUGUGUUAUGGACCCCAAGAGUGUUGUCUGUGAGCGUUAUGGUCAGUGGGCCGGAUGCCAUCAAUCGCAUGAAAAUGCCUGCUGGCAGCUACCUCUUUGCUUCUAAUUACUCUCUUGUGAUGCAGCCAGAUUGCUUGCUCUAUUUGUAUUCUGGCACUAAGGUUAUUGGCACCACAAAUUGGACGGAGAACGUUCCCAAGGGCCCUCAAUCUACAUGGGGCUGCUAACUCGAUAUGCAAUUCGAUGGAAACCUUGUGGUCUAUACGUACAAUGGUACCAGUACAACCGCAGUUUGGUCUUCACAAACAGCUUCAAACGGAUUCGUAAGGAGUUCACACCGAUUUUUGGCUCUUGAUGCCGUCUAUGGCAAACUCAAUAUGUAUGGAGGCAACGGGGAGAAUCUUGACAUGCCAAGUAACUUAUCACAGAUUUCGAUUUCGCCGACUAUUUCAAACUUCUCCACCCUCAACCUGCAGUACCCGUUUCCACCAGAGUCCGCAUGGAAACCGAAUGUAUCUCUCGAUGAUUACCCCUACUUGCCGGCAGAAUAUUAUAUCAAUCAAGGGUCGAAUUUGGUGACAGGAGACGGCAAAUUUAACCUCUCUCUCGGAAGAGAUUGCAAACUUCAGUUUCUGGAGAUACAUACUGAGAAUAAAACAUCGAAGCAGGUGAUUUGGGAACCUGUAAUUUCCAACACAUCACUGGUUCCUUCGAGUUGUCGGUUGAUGCUGAAGGACGAUGGAAAACUUCAGAUUCUAAACAAUCAAAUGGAUACUGUGUACUGGAGUACCAGCCCGAUAGGAAACAAUACUGUGAGCUGGGUUCUGAAGCUGCUCUCGGACGGUGGAGCAGAGUUAGUUGUGCUCGAUAUGUUCGAUUCCAAAAACAGGUUGUGGAGCAGCAUAAUCUCGACCAGCAAUGAAAAAACCUCAACCGCGAUCAGUUGGUGGCCAAUCGUGGUUGGUGUGCUCAGUGGGUUCUUUUCGCUGAUUGUGGUGGGCGUCGCGUUCUGGUAUUUCUAUGCACGAAAAAGGUUACUCGACCCUGUGGAUAGGGCAUUCCAGCGGAAAAUGAAAACAGCUGGAUUCUCGCAAACUUUGUAUACUGAGAGCAGGAUCAAGCAGGCAACAGACAACUUUGGGAAUAAAAUUGGUCAGGGUGGCUUCGGCGAUGUGUUCUACGGGAAGCUGGAAGAUGGGCAGGAGAUAGCGGCAAAGGUCUUGUCAUCAACUUCAUGUCAAAGCAAGCAAGAGUUCUACAAUGAGAUUGAGCUGCUAUCUACAGUGCAUCACAAGUACCUGGUUUCUCUUUUGGGGUAUAGGUGUUCACACAACCAGCAGAUACUUGUAUACGAAUAUCUGGGCGGUGGUGACCUGCGACAAAGGCUGCAAGGCAACGACGCUAAGGAGAACCCCCUGACCUGGAAACAGAGAACAAGUAUCAUCCUUCAAGUUGCAGAAGGGCUUGAAUAUCUCCAUGAUAAAUGCUGCCCAUCCAUCAUUCACAGGGAUGUCAAAAGCAACAACAUUCUCCUCACAAACAAGCUGGUUGCAAAAGUGGCCGAUUUUGGGCUUUCGAAAAUUCGGACCUUAGAUCAGGAAGAAGCCACCCACAUAACAACGAUUGUGAAAGGCACUCCAGGUUACCUUGAUCCAGAGUACCACGAGAAGGGCGUGCUUACAGCGAAAAGUGAUGUGUAUGCGUAUGGAAUCGUUCUUAUGGAGGUUUUGACAGGGUGCAAUCAAAUGGGCAUUGUUCAUAGAGUUGCAGACGCUUGGGUGUCUGAAAACUUAGAGACACUGCCGGAUCCAAACUUACAGGGGGAUUUCGACACGCAAGAAUUUGCGAAGUUGGUGGAGCUGUCGUUGUGGUGUGCAAGAAUCCGGAACGAAGAGAGGCCAUUCAUGAGGCAAGUGGUGCAAACCUUACGAGAGAUUGGGGUGGGUCCAAUGGACACAUCGAGGCCCGAGAUCAGCUUCCCCGACGAGCGGCACUUUUACAACGAUGUACCGGGCUCAGAGGAGCUUACAGUGAGUGAUCCUGCUCUUCCCAGCGAAAACGGACUGCUAGCCAAGAGCUGCUCAAUGCAGAAGGGUGGCUAGUGGCAAGGUGGUAAAGGAGUGGAUGGGAGGCCACCUCCCUCGACCCAAGGAAACCUUCAUGCGGGGGCGUGAAGGAGGUCACGGGGACCUUAAGUACCUUGGCUCAGGCGGUGCGUCUAUGGCACAUGAGACCGUAACUGUAGGUCACUUGAGUAGUGAAGUGAUAUGUUAGCCUUAGGGGAGAACAUGGAGAGGAGCGUCUCCUUAAUCCACCCUAGAGAUAGCCCAAAUGAUGACUCUGAGUUGAAGAGGCAAUAGUCUAGAUUGGCAAUGCAUCAUUUCUAUGAGAAGCGAUGUGGGUCAAGGAGAGUGUCUUGUAGGGUAAGACAGCCGAGCUUCAGUGAUGCCAUGGUUGUUGUGGAUAUUGACCUUUGUGAGGGCUCAAUGCAACACUCUUUUAGUGGAGCUUGGAGGCAAAGCGCUCAUUCUUCCCCAACUAAGGGUUGGAUAGAUUAAGGAGGCUAUAGAGCAAGAGAGUGAGUAUUUGAAUGUUUUUGCAUUGUGUUUACUUGAUUCUAACAUAACUUCUCAUCAGAUUUCUAGGUGAGUGGAGUUUCUCAAUAGAAGAGACAUUA